GCAAAGAAUUUAACCUGAACAAAUCUGAUCUGGCCAGUUUGUGACUGCAGUACAACAUGACUGAGGAGAAUACAAUUUACCCUUACGACUACUAUGAACUGAACUAUAGUGAGCCGUUGUGUAGUAAAGAGGAGGUAGUGAGAGUCAGAUCCAUCCUCCUUCCACUCUAUUUUACAUUAUUGGUGGUGUUGAGCUGCAUUUGUAACAUCCUCGUUCUGGUUUUCCUGUUGCUCUACAAAAGCCUCAGAUGCCUGACCAAUGUCUUCAUCCUCAAUUUAGCCGUGGCAGAUCUUCCGUUCACUUUUGGACUUCCGUUUUGGGCCUCGUACUACAUCUGGGGUUGGACAUUUGGAAACGUUGGCUGUAAAGCUGUGAAGUUUCUGUUCUACCUCGGCUUUUACAGCAGCGUGUUGUUCCUGACUCUAAUGACUGUUCAGCGUUACAUGGCAGUGGUUCAUCCUCUGUCUGACUGGGAGAGAUGCAGAGGCCUUUCAGUCUCUCCUUUUAUCGUUUGGAUCCUGAGUGGAAUUGUUGCACUGAUUAGUUCACUUCAAAGCGAAGUCAUGAUAGAGUCUGACAACACGUACUGUGAAUAUGGCAGUGUUAAAUGGAAAUCUGGCAUCGCUUAUUUUCAAAAUGCUUUUUUCUUCAUUGCAUUUGUAAUCAUGUGUUAUUGCUAUGGGAGAAUGCUUCGGACAAUUUCAAAAUCUUUUACCAAUAAUGGACACAAUAAUGUUAAGCUCACAUUUUUUUUCGUGCUGAUGUUUUUUAUUGGUUGGGCUCCAUAUAAUGUUAUCAUAUUCUUAAAAUCUCAGACUAUCCAUCCAUUCAUAUAUUGUGACGUAAGCAUUAAACUCGACUAUGCAUAUUUUGCUUGCCGAAUGUUAGCCUUCUCACACUGUUGCAUAAACCCAGCGAUUUUAGUUUUUGUAGAUGCAAGGUUCCGUAAUAUUUUGCAAGCAAUUUCAAGGAGGUUUUGUGUAUGUCUGUGAAUAAAGUCUCAGAACUACAGUACCUCACUUGCUCACCAAUAGAUCCUCUGCAGUGAAUGGGUGCCGUCAGAAUGAGAGUCCAAAAAGCUGAUAAAAACAUCACAAUAAUCCACACCACUCCAAUCCACAAAAGCGAAAAUCAAUUUUUAAGAAAUAGGAGUCCUCUAUCUACAAUAUUACUUUGUCCAGUAAAAAAAGUAAUCUUGUCUGAAUCAGAAGAGAUGCACAAAUAUGUGGGCGGAUUUUGAUGUGAGGGGAAAACAGGGAAUGGACUUUUCUCCAAAUCCGUUUCUCAAACUCAUCUACAUUUUCAGCAAACUAAAAUUUUUUGGUGACCUAUUCCUUUAAAAAUGUGUAAGAAAACAAAGAUUGAAGAAUCUGGCUGCACAUGGGGUCAGAUUAUUUAACCGAUUACAAAAACAUCUAAAACAAUAGACAAAAUAUUGAAAUGCUAUCUUUGUGUAAAAGCAUGUUUUGAUUUAAAAACACAAAAAAUCAAGUCAGUUUUUAAAAGAAAAUUUGUUGUGAAUGCAGUGCUGUGAACUUCUCAAAUACUCCCACCUAAAAUUACUGUAAAAUAAACCAUGAGAACUGAAAAUGCAGAUUAUGCGGUUUUGUUUUUGUACAGUGAAAUACGUCAAAGGUAGUUAUGACUUUUUGUGGUCUGUGGAAGGAAGCACAGCACCAUCAGUGCCCUACAUAAGCAGGAAAUGGAAUAUUUGAGAUCAGCCAACCUUAUUUUUUUUCUGCAUUUAUCUUUUAAAAGGCUAAUACAACAACAACAAAAAGUUUGUAGCCUAUGCUGUACAUGGUGUACAUGUACAUGCUGUAGAUUUUUCUUUUAAGUGUGAUGAGUUUGGCUCACAUUUAACAAAAACCCACUAAUUCACUCAACAAAUUAGAAUACCUCAUAAGAACAAUAAUUUUUUUUUUUUUUGACUUGUUGACCUUCUGGAAAGUAUUUUCAUGAACUGUACAUGUACUACAAUACCUGGUAGAUUCUCUCUGGGGUUCAGAUCUGGUGAGUUUGCUGGCCAGUCAAACACACCAACACCAUGGUCAUUUAACCAACUUUUGGUUCUUUUGGCAGUG